UCGGCCAAAGUCAUUCUUCUCUUCAGUGGCAGGCCCAGACUCAGGGGCCCGGAGUGUCACCAAGCUCUCUGCCUCCCGGGGAGCCCCUGGAAGGCUGGCAUGAGCAGGCCGCCCCUAGACCCCCACCCCUGCUGAGCAACAGCCAGACAGGAUGGAGUUGCUGCUGGCAUCCACUGCAGAAGCCGCUGAAUCUUUGGGAGCCCUCGUGCUUCGAGCGGGGAGAGCAGACUCUCACUGUCUCAUCCUGCUCUCACGUCACCACUUGGUCCCUGAGGCCUUCAUGUCCAGCUCAGAGAGCACCAGUACUGGCUUUCCCCAGCCUCGGUUCCCUUGGGUGGACCAAGGAGCCCUCUGAGGUAACAGAGCCCUGUGGACAGCGCUCACCAUGGUGACUGCAAUGAACAAUGGAGGAGAGCUGCUCCCUGGCAACCCCCCACCCAGUGACUUCACCGGUGGUUUUGCCGUGUGGAUCCACACUCCUGGCUUCAGCACACACCAGAGUGGUUCACGUGUUUUCUGAUGUUAUGAGAGAGAGUGGAGAGGCUGCUCGUGAGGGAAGAGUGCCCAGAAGCUCCUGGACCCUCUUCCCCCAUACUCCUUGACUGACAUCUCUUGGGACCUUUCUCUCCAUAUCAGAAACUGGCAGACUAAGCUUGGAAUUACCUAUCCCAGAGCAAGAGUCGAUGGAGCUGGGCCACCGAGCAGGUACAACCACUUUGCCCAAGGUCCAUCUGAACAGGAAGGAAGACCAGCAGGACACGGACCCCUGGACAACUGCCCCCAGCCCUUUGGACACCUCCAAGUUCAAGUACCAGGGCCCAGUCUCCCCACAGCAGACCCCGUACCGGAGAGGCAGCCCCCUAAGGCAGGUCUACCUGGAGGAGGUCCGGGCUCCACCCCCAUCGGUCAUCAGCAGCGACUGUGUGUCCCCGGGGAUGGACCCACAGCGUGGGUCCCUGAGGAAGGGAGGCUGCAGACCCUCUUCGAGGGACAGAAGGACUUCUUUCCACGAGGGGGCCCCGCUGAACCAGGGGCUGAAGGAGGGCCCCAACACGGGCACCCAGGGCCAGGGGAGCAGUAGCAUUCCCCACAACAUUCGUCACAAGUUUGGGAGCCACGUGGUGGACGAGCUGGUCUCUGAGGAGCAGGCUCGAAGGGCCAUCGGUGAGGUCUUUGAGGGCCAGAAGAGGGCAAACUCAUGGCCCAGCAGGACCCAGAGUCCUGUGGAAAUCACCUCCAUCUUCUCAGACUACUAUGAUUUGGGCUACAACAUGCGAUCAAACCUGUUUCAAGGGGCCCCUGAGGAGACAAAGAGCCUCAUGAAGGCCUCCUACACCCCAGAGGUGAUUGAGAAAUCAGUGAGGGACAUAGAGCACUGGCAUGGCAGGAAGACGGACGAUCUGGGACGGUGGCACCAGAAAAACGCGAUAAAUAUGAACUUACAGAAAGCAUUGGAUGAGAAAUUCGGAGAAAAGAGCAAAAGCAAGAGCUCAAAGUACUAGAUACGACUGGGAAGAUUUGCCCUCCACUCAGAGAAAGCGCUAACAAUAAA